CUUAGGAAAGCACUUUGAUUAUAGAAAUCUCUUAAACUUCAACCACGGUGGGGUAAAUUAGAUGCAUGAAUGUUUUUAUAUACCUACUACAUAUAUUUUUGUUUCACUUGGACAGUUGGACUGAGUUUCAUUCCACGUUUAGGAAACUCAGUGGCAAUUCUCGCCGAUUAUAAUUGACAGAAUUCACUGUCCGGACGGACGAUCAAGUCAAUCCUGGCAUGUAGUUCUUUGGUUGUCUCGUCGUGGCCUUAAUACAAAUGAUGUUGAAGGGAAGUCGAAAGAGAAAAUGGCCCUUCACCCUCGCAAUCCUACUCUUCCUGGCAUUAGUCGAAUUGUACUCCAUUUGCAUUGUUCCAAUUUCCAGAAAGGAAUUCCUUAAGACGGAUACAAUAGAUGAUCAAACAGCUCCUCCUCCUCCACUAACAUUGGCCAUACGCCGCCAUCAAGUAUAUAGUCGCAUCUCUUUCGUCUCGAAAUAAUUUUUUUAUUCACGUAUUGAAUAUAGAUUGUUAUGAAUGUUUAAUUUGUUUAACAGGUUACUAUGGACAAUGGCCUAGUUAGAGUCACUAUUUCUAUUCCCAACGGUAUGGUAACAAGUAUAAAUUACAAGGGAAAUCGCAACGUUUUGGAUUCUCGUCGAACUGAGUCACAAAGAGGGUAUUGGGAUCUUGUAUGGAGCCGACCGGGACACUCAGAAGAAAUUUCCGUCAAGCUUAAGUCGAAAAUUUUUAAAGUAAUAGCUCAAGAUGAAAACCAAAUAGAGCUUUCAUUCAAGAACAUGUACAGUCCAUCUCAGGAUCACAGUGGCACCUGUCUACCUUUGAACGUCGAUAAGAGGUUUGUAUUGUUGCGUGGAUCACCUGGAUUUUAUGCUUAUGCCAUUUAUGAACGCUUGGAAGGAUGGCCAGGAUUAGAACUUAUCCAAACAAGACUUCUUUUCAAACUUGAUAGAACUCGGUUCAAUUACAUGGCUAUAUCUGACGAUAAGCAAAGAUUUAUGCCAACACCCGAGGAUUUUCAACGAGGUAAACAUCUUGCGUAUAAAGAAGCUGUUCUGUUGACUAAUCCAUCCAACACGGCUCUUAAAGGACAGGUAGAUGAUAAGUAUCAAUAUUCGAUGGACAAUGAGGAAAAUCAAGUGCAUGGUUGGAUUUCUUCAAAGGAAAAGAAAAAUGAGCCGGGAUGGGUGUGCUCUUCGGAUCAUGAAGGAUUUUGGAUCAUAAUGCCUAGUUACGAGUUUAAAACCGGGGGUCCGCUAAAACGGGAAUUAACUUCUCAUACCGGCCCAACCUGUUUAGCAGACUUUCACAGUCAACAUUAUGCCGGUUCAACUUCAAAUGGACUUAAAUUUGAAGAUGGAGAGGCAUGGAAGAAAGUUUUUGGACCAAUAUUUAUUUAUCUAAACAGAGAAUUAGAAAAUGUCGAACCUUACUUGCUUUGGGAAGAUGCAAAAGAACAGGUACGAAAAGAAAUCCAGAAAUGGCCCUACAGUUUCCCAAUGACUUCCGAUUUCCCUCCAGCUGAUCAAAGGGCCGUAGUUCGCGGUCGUCUUCUCAUAACUGAUAGGUUCUUAAAAAAUAGGGAUUUUCCAGCCAAAUCUGCAUAUGUGGGAUUAGCUACUCCAGGAGCUGCAGGAUCAUGGCAAAAUGAGGCUAAGGGCUAUCAAUUUUGGACUCGAACAGACGACGAAGGUAAUUUUAGCAUAAGAGGUAUUCGAGCGGGAAAUUACAACUUGUAUGCUUGGUUGCCUGGUGUAUUCGGUGAAUACAAGUACGAGUUACUCAUUAAUCUCGCACCUGGUAAUAUGUGCAAUUUUGGUGACCUUUUAUUUAAGCCUCCGAGAAAUGGUCCAACAAUUUGGGAAAUUGGCAUUCCUGAUCGAACAGCUGCUGAAUUUUGUAUACCCGAUGCGUCUCCAGAAUAUCUUAAUUCUUUGUACAUCAACCACACAGAAAAGUAUAGACACUAUGGUUUGUGGGAUCGCUACACAGAUUUAUAUCCUCAUGAAGAUCUGAUUUACAGAAUUGGUCAUAGCAAUUAUCAAACGGACUGGUUUUUUGCGCAUGUCAACAGGAGAAUCGCAAAAAACGAAUAUGUACCCACGACUUGGCAAAUUUUAUUUGAGAUGAAGAAAGUUAAUUCUACUGCAAAUUAUACUUUGCAUAUGGCUUUGGCUUCAGCGUCUCUGUCCGAAGUGCAGGUUCGGGUGAAUGAUGAAUCAAAAAUUGAUCCUGAGUUUACUACGGGUCUCAUUGGAAAGGAUAGCGCAAUUGCAAGGCAUGGAAUACAUGGAUUGUACUGGGCAUUCUCUAUCAAUAUAACAGGUAACAAAUUUCUAUCAGGAAAUAACACAAUCUUUCUCAGAGAGGCAAUCGGCGAAUAUGUUUUUGGUGGGGUAAUGUACGAUUACCUUCGCCUUGAAGGACCGGCGGGCGCAUAAUUUCUCAGAAUUGAGAAAAAUGAAAAGCUUCGUAUUAUGGGGAUAAAGAUUAUACAAGAGUUGCUCGAAGCAGAAAACAUUUUGAUUAUAAGUUUAUGCUUAAGAAUACAUGUAGAAAUGAGCGCGCCUUUUUUAGUUACGAGAGAAAGAUAGGGAUACAAAGGAAAGUGAUAAACUAGGACAAUUGUUGUCGAACAUGCACUUUUUCUUUUUUUUCUUUUUUUGGUUCUCUAGUGUAUAGAGGAAGAUAUGGAAGCUUAGUUAUGCCUUGGCAUCUAGGUAAAUUGCAAUCUGUACGUAGCAUUCAACCAUCCGAGUUGUAGAUUUUGAAGCUGUCAUAAUUGUAGCCAGCUGUAAUAAUUGUAUAUUUGAGUUGGCCACUUCAUAGAAAAGAGACA